GCCCCUUCAUGCCGCCAGCGCGAUAGACUCUUCUUCUCUUUUAUAACACGUAUACCAAUCCGCAUGCCCUCAGGACACCGCGCCGCGGUUCAGUUAGGCGGAAAGCGCGCCGUCGCUAUCUUUGCAGUUUGUCUUAUCGCGUUCGUUACCGAGACUCAGUUCACGCAGUAUGUGCAGGCGCAACUUGGGUUCAGGCAGCCAUACCUUAUAUUCUAUGUUGUACAUUCCGCCUUUGCGACAUCGUUCCCUGUGCAUGUCCUCUAUCUCGCCGCAACUUCUGAACAUUCGGUCACCUCGAUCUUGAAGACCGUUCUUGUCGCGACCCAGCAGCAGUUGUCUCCCAAGUCUACUACUGCCCUCAACUCGGCAACCUUCCCGACAUUGAAAUUCCUGCGAUUGAUUUUCUACCUGACGUUGGGAAUGACAGUACCAUCCCUGCUGUGGUUCGUAGCGGUGGCCCUAGCCCCUGUCACUGAUGUGACAGCGCUCUGGAAUACGAACGCGCUCUUCGCGUACGUCUUUACGGUACUCCUUUUCGGCCACAAGUGGGAUCCUCGGCGUCUACUAGCAGUACUCAUCGCGACUGUGGGAGCUGCUGUCGUUGUCUACGGUGAUUCUGGCCCCGACAAGACGGACUCCUCGGAAGGCCUUCUCUCCGCUCCUUCUCUUGAGGACGAGGCCCCAAGUUCCCCUCUGAUGGGUGACCUGCUGACCCUCGCCGCGUCCAUCCUCUACGCUGCCUACCAAGUCUUCUACAAGGCCUACGCCGCUCUCCCUAACGACCCAGAAGUCGAAUCCAACGAGGUGUAUGCACCACUCGCUGACUCGCCCGACGGACCCGUUGAUGACCUCGAAUCCGGCUCCGACGCAGUGGUCUGGUCUCAUGGCCAGAUCAUAGAUCCCCUGCCGUUUGGCCUCCAUCCUAACCUGCUCACGUUCGGCAUCGGCAUUUGCACAUUGGUCGUCUUCUGGAUCCCCAUCCCCAUCCUGCAUAUCCUGGGCAUCGUGCCUUUUGAGCUUCCGCAAAGGGGCAUCACGUAUCUCGCUAUAGGGGGCGUCGCGCUGUCCGGCGCGGUCUUCAAUGCCGGAUUCAUGGUUCUGCUCGGAGUGUGGGGACCGGUAGUCACUUCUGUUGGAAACCUCCUCACCAUCGUUCUCGUCUUCCUAUCCGACGCGAUCUGGGGAGGAGCCGUGGACAAGGUUACUUUUUGGGCUGUCCUGGGUUGCGGUUCAAUCGUCGUCGCUUUCGCCAUCCUGGCGUAUGAUCUGAUGAGCAGGCAUUAGCUGUCUCGACUCAUGCAUGUAUUGGCCUUUGAAUAUCGUACUUAUCUACCUCAAAUCAGCAAUUGUAUCACAUGAUACCUCUACGCGACGCAGGUGUCACUGCCUUUUCCUGGCGUAC